AUGCAGCGAGAGGCGGCGUCGCUUGAGCAGCAACAGGUAGUGAUGCAGCAAAUGGAGGUUGCAAGAGUAGCUGCUGAGGAUGCUCAUCGGGAGUGGAGCUUGGAAGACUUUCUGAAGUAUCACCUGGCGAAGUUUGACGGCAAGACUAGUCCUGACGCCGCAGACCAAUGGCUGAAGGACCUGGAGCGCAUCUAUGAUGCAAAGAUGUGCUCCGCGGAGAACAAAUUGGCGUUCUUUGUGUAUAUGCUCACGGGAGAGGCAGAACAUUGGUGGAUCAGCACCAAAUCCAUCCUUGAGGAGAGAGAGGAGCCAGUGACGUGGGAGGCAUUCAGGGAGAGAUUCCUCUCCGAGUACUUUCCAAACAGUAUUCGGUACGUCAAGGAGGUGAAGUUCCUCCAGUUGACCCAGGGAGGGAAGACUGUGACAGAGUAUGUUGAGAGAUUCAAGCACCUCAGCCGUUUCUACACCCUGCCACUUGAUGAGAAGUGGCGAUGCAGGAAGUUCGAGAAUGGACUUCGCGGUGAUAUUUGCUUGACGGUGGCUCCUUUGUCAAUCAAAGACUUUACCGCUCUGGUGGAGAAGUCUAGGGUGAUGGAGAAGAUGAAACGUGAGGUGGAAAGCCAGCGCCCACAGCAGCCACAACCGUCUCAGAGGAUUGGCGGACCAUCUGGGUCCAAGCCCAGACAUGAGGAGCGGAGGACACCGUAUGACAGACCUCACCACCAGUCUCAGGGGUCUAGGAGUUUCUCUCCUCAGCAGGGUCGGGUGUAG